GAGAGAGAUAACAAGCAAGCAAAGCAAGGUGAGGUGGUUGGUUAAUCGUGACGCGGGACUUAUCCAAGAAAUCGUAAACAGAAGAGCGAGCGAGAGAGUGAGAGAGAGAAUCAUUGAUGAACAUAACAUAGCAUAGUAGAGAAGAAGAAACACAAACGCAGAAGUAGAAGAAAUGCAAUCGCAUUCACUCUCUUCGUUUCCCAAACCAUUCGCAUCUUCUUUCACUUUUCUUCGCUCUAACACGCACUUCACUCUCGCCACGUCACUCCUCUCUCCCUGCAACCGCAAUCUACCGCCACGUAUUCAAACCGGUAAUCUUUUUCGGGCCACAACGGGAUUCGCUCGUGCUUACAACCAUUACCGCGCUGAAUCUUAUGAACUUCAAAAUUCCGAUGAAUCCGUUGCCGGAAACUCCGAUUGCGAAUGUCACUUGUCAACACCGAUUGUUUCUUCUGAUGAUGAUAAUGAUAACGGAUCCAUAGGACUUGUUAAGUUUAUGCUGUUACUUGCGUUCUUUGCGCUUCGAGACUCUUAUCCAGCUUCUGCUGCUGCUUCUGAUUUUGCUACUGGCUUUAAUUCGGUUCCUGUAUUUGGAGAUGUCGGUGACUUAAGCACAGGUUUUGCUUCAGCUUUUCUGCUGAUUUUUUUCUCUGAACUGGGAGACAAGACCUUUUUCAUCGCAGCACUGUUAGCAGCUAGGAAUUCAGCUGGUGUUGUUUUUGUUGGGACAUUUGGUGCACUUGCGGCAAUGACUGUCAUAUCUGUUGCUCUUGGACGAACUUUUCAUUAUGUUGACGAACUCUUGCCGUUCAGGUUUGGACAAACUGAUUUACCUAUUGAUGAUAUUGCUGCUGUUUGCCUAUUGGUAUACUUUGGUGUUUCUACCCUGCUGGAUGCCUCGUCUAGUGAUAGCCAAAAAUCAGAUGAUGAACAGAAGGAGGCAGAGUUAGCAGUUUCUGAAUUUUCUGGAAACGGUGCUGGGAUAGUAGCUGCUGCUAGCACAAUUGUCAGCACUUUUCUCUUGGUUUUUGUUGCUGAGUGGGGCGAUAAAUCAUUUUUCUCCACAAUUGCCCUUGCAGCAGCUUCUUCACCCCUGGGAGUCAUAGCUGGAUCACUGGCCGGUCAUGGUGUUGCAACUUUGAUAGCAGUACUUGGUGGUUCGUUACUGGGGACAUUUUUGUCGGAGAAGGUUAUUGCUUACAUCGGAGGUGUUCUCUUUCUCGUCUUUGCUGCAGUAACCGUAUUUGAAAUUGUACAAUAGAUGUUUCAAGAAGUGUGGUAUGAGCUCUAUACAAAGGCAGCAAGAAUGUACCGACUUCCACAAUUUUUAUUUGCGCCCCCUUUACUAAAAUCUGUUGAUGGCGGCUGUAGAAGAAAAAACUAUACUAUCAUUUGUAGCAUUAAUUGAUCUACCUUCCGUUGUAAUCCUCAUAACUUCCAUUGUAAUCCUCAUAAAUUAUGGCCAGUUAGUUAUUACUACAA